GGGGGAGCUAACGUAAUGCGUUAGCAACUUACUAGCUGUGGUAAAAUAAGUUAUUUACGCGACACCUCGGGGUUUGUGUUAUUGAAAAAAACAAGGCACUGCGGUGCAAAUGUUGUGGGCUCACAAACAUUUUAAUCAAAACAUAUAUGGCAACGCAUUUUGAAGCAUGACCGAUAAACGGCACAAAGGGUCAGAAAAAAAGUCCGACAGUAAUACCUCCUUGUCGCCAGGGGCAGUGGAGCACAAUGGAAGGGGCGGAGCAUCCGCCAAUCAGACCGGGUCACCGCAGGCCCGCAAAGAAAAGAGUGGAGAAGAAGCUUCGUUGCCGCCAUUUUACAUAAGAGCAACGCGCGGUUCUGGUGGCGCCAAUGCGUGCCUGUUUCUAGACUCGACUUAUUUUGAGUCCUAGUGGGCAUUUUGGAGCUACCAGCGACUCGUUACUGAGUACCCAAUAUCCAGGACCGGACGACUAUAGCGUUGACCGCCCAAGCGGUUGCUGUGGGAAAAUGAGCUACGGUAGGCCGCCGCCAGACGUCGAGGGGAUGACCUCUCUCAAAGUGGACAACCUAACCUAUCGGACCUCACCGGAGACUCUCCGCCGGGUAUUCGAGAAGUACGGCCGGGUGGGAGAUGUCUACAUACCCCGGGACAGGUACACCAAGGAGAGUCGUGGCUUCGCCUUCGUGCGCUUCCACGACAAGCGCGACGCCGAGGACGCGAUGGACGCCAUGGACGGCGCGACGCUCGACGGCCGAGAGCUCCGGGUGCAGAUGGCCCGCUACGGGCGACCACCAGAUUCAAUGUAUAGCCGAAGGGGAGCUCCGCCGCGCAGAUACGGGGGUCGUUCGGCUAGCCCUCGUCGCCGUAGACGCAGCCGUUCCAGGAGCAGGAGCCGCUCCCGAUCCCGGAGCCGCCGUCGCUACAGCCGCUCAAGAUCCCGCUCCUACUCCAGAUCCAGGUCACGGUCCAGGUCCAAGUCUAAAUCCAAGUCCAGGACUCCGAGGAGGAGCAAGUCAAAGUCGCCCUCUAGGUCCCGGUCUAAGUCGAGGAGUCGGACCCCGGCUUCCAACAGAAGGUCCAGAUCCAGGUCCAAGUCUAAGAGUCGACCCAAGUCUCCGGAGGACAACGGGACAGAGUCUUAAGUUGGAUGCGACAUGACGAUCUCAGAUGAUUGAUCCUUUGCUGAGGACACCAGGAAGAGUCUUACAACGGUCAUGUGGACUUGCUUGCCACUGAAUGCAGACUGAAAGGUUAUUGGAACUUGGUCUAAAAUGUUUUUUUUUUUAAGUUUGCUUUCACUUGAUUUACCCAAACAAAUGUCAUUGUCAGCGUUUACAAAGUUGAGCAUCUUGAAAUAUUUUUGUUUGCCUCCAUUUAUUUGAAUUUAUACCCGUAUAUACAUUUUCUAGUAGACCAUGUUAUACCUGGGGUUUUUUUUUUCUCAACAAAUUUCCAGAGUUUGUCAAUUAAAACUGUUCCCCAUUCGACUGGACAAGAACAUAUGUACAUUAAUGAACCUUGUGAGUGUGGCUUUGCCCCCUUCCCCCCUUUUCUGUCAACUCUUUGUCUGGUUAAAGUUGUUUCCUAUGACUCUAACCCUCUUUCUUGUGUAUCUUUUGUGCACUAGGCGCAGUUGUGUAGCAGUUGAGUAAUGCUGGUUAGCUGUUAAGAUGCGGUGCAGUGCGGUGGUGACAUGGUGUGGCGUGUUGCGGUGCUGAGUGCCCGGCACUGUUCCGGGGCUCGACCCUCCGCUGCUGUUUGCCGGUUUGUAAGCUCACAAGUGUGGCAGAUCAUCUAUCCCUCUCCCCCUCUCUCCUUGUCUCGUUCCCUCUGAUUACCCUCUUGUGUCCUUCCUUACUCUACCCCUGUCUGGUUCAUCAUUGGGUUUUUAGGAAGUGGGUCCAGUGUGGCUCACGGCGAGGGUUGACAUCAAAAUUAAAAAAAGGCAGUUUUGGCUGCCUCAUCACACCUUUUGUGGAACGCAUUCCCCUGUUAACCUCUAUUUCAGUGUACUUGCUUCAGGUGAAUGCUAAUAAAUUUUUGUUGGAAA